CUCACGCCUCGCUCACGUCUUCCAUUUCUGUUCGGGAUCCACACGGACGCAAAGCGAAUAAUACACUUUAAGGGGGGAGGAUUUUAUAUUCGUGAAUAAUAAUCAAUGCGAUUGAUCGGUGAUUAUAGCGAGCGCGAGUCUUUCGUGGUGACAGCACGAAGCAUCCGGUAGUUGAGCGAGUGAUUCUCUUGUAAGGAGGGGGAAAAGGCUUUGAGGCUUUUUGUACAGGACGCGGGCCUCGUGUUUUAAAUUCCGCUUUGUAACUCUUUUAGCGGCGCUUUUUUUUUCGCCGUGUGUGUUUUUUUUAUCCCCCACACACACGCACACACACCUUCCUGGCCUCUUGCUCUCUCGCAGCGGCGUGAGUGGAAACACGAGGCGGAGCGGCGGCGGGAAUCGGGCCGAUGGCGGAGUUCGGUAACGGACUGGCGGAGGAAUCUCUGCUUGACUCAGACCCCGGUCAUCCGGAGCUGGAAGAUCCGGGUGUUGGUGAUGAAGAGCCGGGUUUGGAUGAAGGAGAGGCCGCUAUUGAAGACCCGGAGCUGGAGGCCAUUAAAGCCCGGGUGCGAGAGAUGGAGGAGGAAGCAGAGAAACUGAAGGAGCUCCAGAACGAAGUGGAGAAACAGAUGAACCUUAGUCCUCCUCCUGCUGGUCCUGUCAUCAUGUCCAUUGAAGAGAAGAUAGAAGCAGAUGGAAGAUCAAUUUAUGUUGGAAAUGUGGAUUACGGAGCAACAGCAGAAGAGCUCGAAGCCCAUUUUCAUGGCUGUGGCUCUGUUAAUAGAGUCACUAUCCUCUGUGACAAGUUCACAGGGCACCCGAAAGGGUUUGCAUAUAUUGAGUUUGCAGACAAGGAAUCUGUUAGAACAGCAAUGGCAUUGGAUGAGUCCUUAUUCCGAGGAAGGCAGAUAAAGGUCGGCGCAAAGAGAACGAAUCGACCCGGUAUCAGCACCACAGACCGCGGGUUUCCUCGGGCCAGGUUCCGCUCACGUGGAGGAAGUUUCUCAUCUCGGGCUCGGUAUUACAGCGGAUACACACCACCCAGAGGAAGAGGACGGGCCUUCAGGGGCCGAGGGCGAUCAACAUCGUGGUAUUCCCCUUACUAAUAAACCCCCCACUGUCAUUUCCCCUUUUUACUGUUAUCCCUCUUUUCCCUGUUUAAAAAAAAAAAAAAAAAGAAAAGAACCCCUCUCAAUAAAAGAAGAAAAAAAAAAAGAAGAAAAAAAGACAAAAAAAAAGAGAGGAAAAUAGAAAAGAGCUUCUCCUGGACAGACUGACUGACUGACUGGUGUGUGUGUGCGCGUGCGUGUUGCAGUCACCCCGGUAAGGUACCGAGAUUUUGGGGCAGUUCUUGGUUGGCAUUUGUGAAUUGUUUAGAGAAGAUGGUGUGAUCUCAGGCUGCAGACGUGUCUCCUUUGGUCUGGCUGUGAGUUCCUCACACAACACAAGGAGCAAACUGUUUUAUUUCCCCUUCUUUUUCAUCUAUUGUACUUUUGAAGAUGUGUGGGAAAAUUCUCCGCCAGUGAUAUUGCUGUAUGUUUAAAUAGACAUGAGGUUGCCAGAUAUUUUUUUUCCCCUUAACUGCUACUGCUUUCACCCAUCCUCGUUUUUUAAAUGUUCAUUUCUUCCUCUUGCUCAACUGUGAUCUUCCUCUUUCUGUCACAGCUUGCAGUUCAGUUCAGGAUGUUUACAUUUUUCCCCAUCUUAUUUUUUUUAGCUUCAUGCGACAUGCCAAGUUUUCCUUUUUUUUUUUUUUUUUUUGGUCACUGCUCUAUUCCUCUUUACCAUUCUUUGCAUCUUGGUUCUUUAAAUAAUUUGUGAAUUUCAUAUUCAUUUUGUUUAACCUUUUUAAAUCCACCACUUGUUCUCCAAUUUUACCUUUUGUUCCAGUCUCUUCAUAUUCUGCUUCCUUUACUAGACUCUUCCUUUUAAAGACUCAAAGGCAUUGAAUGAAAUUGAGAUCAUCUUGG